UUAGUGACGUUAUAAACAUUAAGCACAAAAACAGUGACGUUUUAUACAUCCAUGUGUUCGUUAGGGGCUUUGCCGCAAUGAUAACGUUGAUGUAAACAAGGUUUUUCUAUCAUUUUCAUUUGAGUAGCAGGAAUAUAGAAACACAUCAUGGCUUCACGUGCACUGUCUCAUGUCCUUCAGAACAUCAGAGUAAAAAGAUCAAUGACAAAGCCUUUCCCUCAGCUAGACUGUAGCAUCUGUCAACCUAGGGCUCACAUUUACUUGUACAACACUUGUUUUGAAAGGUCCUUGGAAAACGGCUCCAUGACAGCAACAUUUCAGUUGAACCAUGUGAGACAUUAUGCCAAGAAAGCUAAGGGUAAAGGCAACACUUUUCCAAGGCCAGAAACUAAAUUGACACAGGAAGAAUUGAAUGCCCUGUUUUCUUAUGAUGAAAUGAUUGAAAAAAUGAGUAAAGCAAAAGACAAUUUGAAACAGUUUUAUUUUAAGGAUCUGCGAGUACGAACUUCUUCAGGUGCUCUAACUGAGAUUGACGUAUCCACUAGUGAUGGAACAUUUCCAUUAAAUCAAAUAGCCAAGGUCGUACAGAAAUCUCCCCAACUUGUGGUGGUUGAUGCCACAACAUCUCCUCAGUACAUAAAGAACAUUUCUGAUGCACUGUUCAACUGCAAUAUGGGCCUGAAUCCACAACAAGAGGGGCUUACUUUAUAUAUACCUAUUCCAAAAGUUACAAAGGAACACAGAGAAAAGCUGGUCAAGUCCUCGAAGACCAAAGCUAAUGAAGCAAAGAAAAUGGUCGAAGAUGUCAAGAUAAAAUAUCAAAGCAUUCUGAAGAAAAAACAUGAACACAUUUCUAAAGACACCAUAAAAUUACUAGACACAAUAGUUCAGACGAAUGCAAAUAGGGUAAAGACUGAAAUUGAUGAAAUUCAAAAAGCAAAGGAAAAAGACCUAUUGCCUUGAAAUUAUAUGGACACACAUUUCAUGCAUGGAUAUAAGUUAUAUUGUAAUGUUACUGCCAUCAGCAUUCUGACAUUAAGUCACUUGGUAUGUGUUGACACGAUGCCAAGAAAAUCAACAACAAAUGGUCAUGUUUGAAAAUAAUUGGAUUAAAUUUAUUUUCUACUAGUCUUUCAUGCAUUUCAACAAUUUAUACUUGAAAUGAGAAAAAAAAAACCCAUCUGACCAUUUUAAUGCAGUUUACAUGCCAGUUUAUAAAAUGGUAACUGUAAUUUGCUACACAAUACAAUUAUAUAUAUAUAUAUAUAUAUAUAUAU